AUGACGCAAAAGCAGGACCUCCCGAAGGCUGCACCCUGGGCGGAUGGCGGUUCCGGCGGGGCCGGCAUCGGUUUCCCCACUAGUCACCACCACCACCACCAGCAGCAUCUGCCGCUCCACCAGACUCCCCCGUCACUGUUGACACCCCACCAGGAACAUCCAGGCGAGUCCGGUGGCGGUCAAACGACGUACAUGUUCCCGGGGCGGGACGCAGGAACCACCACCACCACCGCACCUUCGACGAGCACGAGGAUUCUGCUCGACUACCCGCGCCCGACCAUGUCUCUGACGGUGGGUGGUGGCGGCGGUCACUCACGCUCCGUCAGCCACGGUGAAGGCUCGUUCGGCGGGGCGGUCGGGCUGUCGGCCACUGGGGCCCGCCCAUCGGCCCUGAAAUCGGCCGUCAAAGGUGGCCACCAGAGGGCGCUGUCGCAGGGGCAGAUCAUGGAUGCGCCGCCGAGUGCGACCCGAGGCCACAGUCGAGUCGGCUCCAAGACCGACUUCAUCCUGCCACCCGGCCACAAGGAGCCGUCGGAGCAGCGCACCACCGACACGGGCGCCCCGCCCGGUUCGGCCAACUCGGGCGCAUCCGCCAAGGGCCACUCGCGGCAGGCGUCACGCUCGGAGUCGAUCUACACGCUGCGCCGGGCCGACAAGCCACCGUGGUGGAAACGGUUCCUGUUCUUCCGGGCGCGCAGUAGCAGCAAGCUGGAGGACCGUGGCUACCGGAUAGUGGUCCCGAACCACACGGUGCCUCCGAAGACGCCACGGCGCGACCACCCGAACGGUCGGCUCGGUGGCAACAAGAUCCGGACCACCAAGUACACGCUGCUGUCGUUCGUGCCGAAGAACCUGCUCGAGCAGUUCCACCGGAUCGCCAACCUGUACUUCAUCUUCAUCGUGCUCCUCAACUGGUUCCCGCAGAUCAACGCGUUCGGCAAGGAGAUCGCCAUGAUCCCGGUGCUGUUCGUGCUCGGUGUCACCGCGAUCAAGGACCUGUUCGAGGAUCGGCGCCGGAAGGCGUCCGACAAGCGCAUCAACAACUCGACCUGCCGCGUCUACAACGGCGAAUCGGAGCGGUACAAGAAAGUCCUCUGGCAAGACAUUCGGGUGGGCGAUCUGGUCCAUCUGUCCAACAACGAAACCGUCCCGGCCGACAUCCUGCUGCUCAAAUCGAGCGAUCCGCACGGGGUAUGUUACAUCGAUACGUGCGAUCUGGAUGGGGAGACCAAUCUGAAGCGCCGUCAGGUCGUGCGAGGAUUCGUCGAAAAGCAGCACACCUUCGCGCCGAACAAGUUCACCAGCCGGAUCGAGGUAGACGCACCGACGACGAAAAUCUAUCGCUUCCAUGGCGCAGUCAUACACCCUUCCGGGGAGCGCGUGCCGAUUUCGACGGAGAGUCUGCUGCUGAGAGAGAGCCGACUAAAGAACACCGACUAUGCGGAGGGGAUCGUGGUGUAUGCUGGGCACGAAACGAAGGCCAUGCUCAACAACAGUGGCCCCCGGUACAAGCGGUCCCGGGUUGAGCAGCAGAUGAACAUCGAUGUGAUAUGGUGCGUUAUCAUUCUGAUCGUACUGUGCGUGAUCGGUGCGGUCGGUUGUCGGAUGUGGCUAGGCAACGAUACGACGUUCCGCAUCCCGUUCCUACCGUUCGACAUUAGCCCUGACUACGAGGGGCUGCUGGCGUUCUGGACGUUCGUCAUCAUCCUGCAGAUCAUGAUUCCGCUCUCGCUGUACGUUACGAUCGAGCUGUGCAAGCUGAUGCAGGUGUACCACAUUCACAACAACAUCGAACUGUACGAUGCGGACACCAACAAGCGGACCGAGUGUCGGGCGAUGAACAUCACCGAGGAGCUCGGCCAGAUACAGUACGUGUUUUCGGACAAAACGGGCACGCUGACGGAGAACCGUAUGAUCUUUCGCCGGUGUACGAUCGUAGGCGUCGACUACAACCACCCGGAGACGGAGGAGGAAAAGGAACUGAACAAGAUAGGGGCCCCGGUGCCGAUACUCCAGCCGAACGUGAGUUUGCAGGAGAACUUUCGUGGCAGCGAACCAUCGUCUGCAUCGUCAGCUAGCAGCAACGAGAACGUUCCGCAGCAGAUACAAGAGUUCUUUCUGGUGCUCGCCAUCUGCAACACGGUGGUAGUGAGUGCGGCCCCGCAUAAGGACAACAUGAACGCCAGCGGUGUGAUCGAGAUGAACGACAGUGAGACGAGCGUGACUCUCGUGCGGCCAGCGCUCCUGGAAACGGAUGGAAUCGAGAACCACCAGCUACCGGGUUCUUCGGCGGCAGCGACGGGCUGUGAACCGACGACAUCAAUCGGUGAUCGAUACGCGCGGCUUACCGAGAGCCGAUCGAUCACUCCUUCGCCACCGCCAAGCUCCGCACCUACCUCGUUGCAGCUGCGAUCCCACGUGCCAUCGCUGUCCCCGAUCAGCAGCUCGGCGGAAACGUCUCCCAUGUCGGAGAGUCCACCGAUGCGCAUCAAAUCGUUAACGACGCCCACGGCGCGCGUGAAGUCGCUCGUUGCCAAACUGGGUAGCGUAGCCAGCGGAUCGAAGGGCAACGGUGGUGGUGGAUUCCAGAAGUCCACUUCACAGGGCUCGCAGGGUUCGUCGUCGCCUGCUGACCGGCGGCCGAUCUACGAGGCGGAAAGUCCAGACGAGUUGGCACUCGUCAAUGCGGCCUUCAGUUACGACUGCUGCCUGGUCAAUCGGAGUCCCAAUCACGUCCUCGUCAGCGUACCACGCGAAGGAGUGAUCGAGUACGAGGUGCUACAGGUGCUGCCGUUCGAUUCGGCACGCAAGUGCAUGUCGGUGGUGGUGCGUCGGUCUGGCACACAGGAGCUGACACUGUACACCAAGGGUGCCGACAGCAGCAUCAUGCCCAAUCUGUUGCCAUGUUUGCCCAACUCGGACGAGUAUCGGUUGCGCGAGCAAACGCAACAUCAGCUGAACAUCUACGCCCGCCAGGGUCUCCGCGUGCUGGUGAUGGCCAAGCGGAAGCUUGACCCGAUGGAGUUUGGCGAAUGGUACAGUAAGCACCAGGAGUGCGAGCUCAGCAUGGAGAAUCGGGAACGCAAGAUGCGCGAUUCGUUUAUCGUGCUCGAGCGCAACCUGACGCUCCUCGGUACGACCGGUAUCGAGGAUCGGCUCCAGGAGGGAGUGCCCGAGGCGAUCAGCUCGCUCCUGCAGGCCGGCAUCGUCAUUUGGGUGCUAACGGGUGAUAAAGCGGAAACGGCCAUCAACAUUGCCUACUCGGCCAAACUGUUCAACUCGCAGAUGGACAUCCUCCGGCUGACGGCCCGAUCGCGCGACUCGGCCGAAUCGUGCAUCACCUUUUACCUCAACGAAAUCGAGAAGCAGCUGAACGGUGCGUCUGGUGCUGGGAACAUCGCCAUCUCCGCUACCAACGACGACGAUGCGUUCGAUCAACUGGACAAACCGCGCGCCCUCGUCGUAGAUGGUAAAACACUCACCUUCAUACUGGACCUGCGGUCCAACCUCACGAAACCGUUCCUGCGCCUUACGCGCUACUGCUCGUCGGUGCUGUGCUGCCGGGCAACGCCACUGCAGAAAGCAUUCCUGGUGAAGGUUGUCAAAGAGGAGCUGCGCAUCAGCACGCUAGCGAUCGGUGAUGGAGCGAACGAUGUUUCCAUGAUACAGAUGGCCGACGUCGGUGUGGGUAUCUGCGGGCAGGAGGGUAUGCAGGCGGUCAUGGCUUCCGAUUUCUCCAUCGCCAAGUUCAAGCUGCUGGAGAAGCUGCUGCUCGUGCACGGCCACUGGAACUACGAUCGGUUGGCGCGAAUGAUUACUUACUUUUUCUACAAAAAUGCCGUCUUUGUUUUCCUGCUCUUCUGGUAUCAGUUUUACUGCGGAUUCUCCGGUGCCGUCAUGAUCGAUCAGGUGAUCCUGAUGAUCUACAAUCUGCUCUUCACGGCGCUGCCUCCGCUGGCGAUCGGUGUGUAUGAUAAGAAAAUUAUCGACGAUCUUCUGCUGGCCUAUCCGCGCCUCUACCAGCACGGCCGUCGGGGGAAGGGCUACAAGUGGUCCACGUUUUGGAUAGUGAUGCUCGAUGCGCUGUACCAGAGUUUGGUGAUAUACUUCGUAGCCAACAUAGCGUUCUGGGAUACGGACGUGGACGUGUGGGUCUUCGGAACGACCAUUACUUCGUCCUGCCUCUUUGCAAUGCUACUACACUGUGCCAUAGAAAUCAAAUCCUGGACAAUCCUACAUGCCUUAUCGAUCGGGGUCAGCUUGGUAUCGUUCUACCUGUUUACAUUUGCGUACAAUUCUAUUUGCGUGAAUUGCUUCGGACUGCCGUCCAACUACUGGGUCAUCCACAGGAGCAUGAGUACGGUGCAGUAUUACCUGAUAACGACGCUCAGUUGCGUACUUGCCCUUUUGCCACGGUUCACCUAUCGUGUGGUCAAAAACACCGUCUGGCCGUGCGAAGGCAUCCGGGUGACGUUACAGUACAAGGAAGAGAAACGAAGAGAGCCUCCCAUCACAGGACUACGCAUAAGACUGUAAACACAGAUAGUUUGUAAACGUGCGCAUCUUACGAACUAUGUGUGGCACGCAACGAUCAGCGUUCAGUGGCCGCUUAUGUCAAUGGGGAGGGGCGAUCAGAGUUCCCUGUUUAUGAAAGACAACGUGAAUUGACUCAUUAUUCCAGUGAUAUGUAAAACAAUCAAAAAUCGAAACAGAAACAAACUGUUCUGUGGAGGCCUUAACCCAAUGCUAGUAGAGGACAGACAGGGCUCCAACACGGAUUGUGUGGGCCGCAGCCGAAACGUGUAGCUGAAGCAUAUUUAUCAGAUGAAAUACUGUCGCGCAUUCAGUAGACAAGGGGCCUCGUAAAGAGCUCGCGUAUGAUAGACGCGCUAACUGUUGGACUUAAGCAGAACUAUCAGGAGAGCGACGCGGACACAAACACAUAAUCAGUAACUAACGGAUGAUGCGACCCUACGGCUGUGAAAGAAUGUUUACUUGAGCGAAAGCCAACUUUGUGCACUUAUGGCUUUGGAACCGAGAAUGUAUUGCUAGACAAGGUUAAUAUUAGGCGCGUAGCGACUUUCUAUUUGAAUGCACAUAUGCGCAUUGCGUGUGCAUUGGUGGAAAAGUGAAGAAACAAACCGGAGAGUGAUGAUGAGUCCCUUUUCUCUCCUCUCUAGCUAGGAUGACAAUAAAAGGAGGGCCGAAAGAGGGAAACAAGUAUGCAUUUAAUGUGUUGGAGAGCAAGAUGCUGCCAAUGGCAAGGAGCAAAGUGUCGGCGCCAAAACUGUCGCUGACUUCAGGCUAAUGAUCCAAAAUCACGGUG